CGCGAGGAGGUGCAGUUGUGCAUCAUGCCGAGGACGCGCGGGGUCAAGGCAGCGCUCCUGUGUUGGACUCUCCGCUCAGUGAAAAUUGCUUGGAGACCGACAGAAACAGUUUCACACAUCGAUGUGUGUGCCACAAAUCUGGUCUCGUACCUCCAACGAAUUCAUCUUACUGACACAUGUGAGCCAAGAAUACAGGAAUAAUCGAGGGAGACGCUUUGGCUUCUGGCUAGUUAAGUUUUUAUUUUUUUAAUAUAUUUUUUUACAGCGAGUGAAAUCACUGCUGGUUACGAAAUGUCGGGGAAAAUAGAGAGUAAGCAAGACUCGCAGCGCUCCCACCUCUCCUCCUUCACCAUGAAGCUGAUGGACAAGUUCCACUCUCCCAAGAUCAAGAGGACACCAUCGAAGAAGGGCAAGCAGUUGCAGGUCGAACCAGUGGUCAAGAGCCAAGAGAAACCCGUCAACAAGAAGGUGAGUCGGCUGGAGGAGCAGGAGAAGGAGGUGGUGAGCGCACUGCGCUACUUCAAGACCAUCGUGGACAAGAUGGUGGUGGAGAAGAAGGUGCUGGAGAUGCUGCCUGGCUCGGCCAGCAAGGUGCUGGAGGCUAUUCUACCUCUGGUGCAGGUGGAGGCCCGGAUAACACACAAUUCGGCUGUGUCGUCGUGUCACAACCGGGUGUACCAGAGCCUUGCCAACCUGAUCCGCUGGUCCGACCACGUCAUGCUGGACGGCAUCAACCUUGAUGACAAGGACAACGUGGUCGCGGUCACGACAGUCAUCAAAGCCGUUCUGGAUGGGGUCAAGGAGCUGGUCAAACUCACCAUAGAGAAACAGGAGCAACCCUCCCCCACCACACCCAACAGACCCCCACCACCACCUAUCACUACACCAGAGAGCAGGUCAGAGUUGCCACUGACAGAACGGGAGAGGGAGAUCCUGAGUAAGACCCCGCUCACCGAGGCUGUGACGGACGUGGCAGAGGAGGACGUAGCUCCGCCCAAACCCCCCCUCCCUGGCCUGAAAAUGGAUGCGCUCAGAGCACACUUGGCUACUGGCCCCACUUUCGCUGGCCAACGGAGAUCCACAAAGACUGACACCCCUCCUCCAGCUUUGCCCCCAAAGAAGCGUCAGUCGGCCUCGUCGCCCACCCGUGUGGCAGUGGUGGCCACCAUGAGCCGCGGCUCCAGCCUGCCCUGCAGCGUCCACAGUCAGCAGCAGGACUAUGAGCAGGAGUUCCUCCAGAGGCGUUUCUCAGGGGGCAGCCAGUCGUAUGGGUGCGACUCUCAGCGCCUCUCGCCCUACAGCAGCAUGGGGAAGCUCAGCAGGUCUGAAGAGCAGCUCUGCUCCAUGGAACAGGACAGUGGACAGUGCUCCAGAAAUACUAGCUGUGAGACACUGGACAACACAGAGAGUUACGACCCCGACUAUGACUUCCUCCACCAGGACCUCGCUGUCUUCACAGGGGACACCCACCUGCCCUCCACUGCCACCCCCUCAGGGGUCAUGUCCCUGUCCCCCCUCCCCGAGUCCCACAGUGAGUGCUCCUCCCCCGUGCCUCCUCACGCCCAGUUCAGGUCACCACCCGCCCCACACCACCAACAACCCCACCCACCCCAGUCCGAGUACUGGACCCCCCAGCCCGGUUCCCACAUCAUCCCCUUGCAACUAUCCCGCAUCAGUGCUCCUCCAGCAUUACCCCAGAAGAAGCGGCGCAGCUCCCAGGUUUCACCUUAUCAGGACGGGUGUGGCUCCUCGGGGGGACCCCUCAACGAGAGGUCCCCUUCCCAAUACGAAAACCUGUCGGAGGAGGAGCUGCUGCACCCCACGCCACCCUUUCCCCUCUUCACUCCCAACUCGCCCAUGCCCCAGAGCAACGGGGGGGUGUUCGUGACCCAGUACCUGGCUAGCGAGAACGCCGACCUGCCCUCUAGUCCACCGCCACUGCCUGAGAAGAGGAAUAAGCACGUCCUGGCGUACAUGCAGUUUGUGGAGGACUACUCAGAGCCCCAGCCAUCAGUGUUCUACCAGACCCCACAGAAUGAGAGCAUCUAUGAGCAGAGGAACAAACGCUUCCAGGACGUCUAUGGCCUCAACGACUCCUUCAGCAGCACCGACUCGGUCCACGAGCCCCUUCCCAUACCCCUCUUCCCGCCCCCCGCCCUGCCCCCCAAGAAGAGGCAGCUGAGUGUCGACGAGGGUGGCGAGGGCGAGUACGUCAACCUGUACUCAUCCAGCCAGGCCAAUGGGGAGCUGGAGCUGCCUCCCUGCCUCAGACCAAUCGCUGCUGACGAUGUCAUUCAAGACCCCGCCCCACAAAUGCACUCCUCCAAUAGCAAGGAGGCUCUGGACAAGGACAGCAGGAGGCAGAAGUCGACAGACUCGGUCCAGAGCGAUGAGGAGGAAGUGGAUGAGCUCUCUCUCAUCGACCACAAAGAGAUCAUGUCCCGGAUAACACUCAAACAGGAGAAUGACGAUGGACCUGAUGUGCGUGCUGGAUCAGGGGAUAUUCUGUUAGUCCACGCCACAGAGACAGACCGCAAAGAUCUGGUGUUGUACUGUGAGGUCUUCCUGACCACAUACAGGACCUUCAUCAGCCCAGAGGACCUCAUUAAGAAGCUCCACUACAGAUACACCAGGUUCUGUCACAGUCCAGACACGUUUAAGAAGCGGGUCAGCAAGAACACCUUCUUUGUGCUCGUUAGACUGGUGGACGAACUGUGUCUGGUGGAGUUAACAGAGGACAUCCUGAAGCAGCUGAUGGACCUGGUGUUCAGGCUGGUGUGUAACGGCGAGCUGAGCCUGGCCCGCGUGCUCCGCAAGAACAUCCUGGACAAGGUGGAGCAGAAGAAGCUGCUGCGCUGCACCAACUCCCUCAAGCCGCUGGCCGCCCGGGGCGUGUCCGCCAGGCCCGGAACGCUGCAUGACUUCCGCAGCCAUGAAAUCGCAGAUCAGCUCACGCUCCUGGAUGCAGAACUUUUCUACAACAUCGAGAUUCCUGAGGUGUUGCUUUGGGCCAAGGAACAGAACGAGGAAAAGAGUCCCAAUCUGACUCAGUUCACAGAGCACUUUAACAAUAUGAGCUACUGGGUGCGCUCUCUAAUCAUUCAGCAGGAGAAAGGCCAGGACAGAGAGAAGCUGCUCCUCAAGUUCAUUAAGAUCAUGAAGCACUUAAGAAAGUUGAACAAUUUCAACUCGUACUUGGCAAUACUGUCUGCCCUGGACUCAGCCCCCAUCCGCAGACUGGAGUGGCAGAAACAGACAUCAGAGGGAUUGGAGGAAUACUGCACUUUGAUUGACAGCUCGUCGUCUUUCCGAGUGUACCGGGCGGCUCUGGCCGACGUGGAGCCUCCAUGCAUCCCAUACCUCGGUCUAAUCCUGCAGGACCUGACCUUCGUCCACCUGGGGAACCCUGAUCUCAUCGAUGGGAAGGUCAACUUCUCUAAGCGCUGGCAGCAGUUCAACAUCCUGGACAGCAUGAGGCGCUUCCAGCAAGUGCAUUAUGAGCUGAAGCGCAACGACGACAUUGUGUGCUUCUUCAACGACUUCAGCGACCACCUGGCCGAGGAGGCGCUGUGGGAGCUCUCACUGAAGAUCAAGCCUCGAAACAUCACCCGGAGGCGGACAGAGCGAGAAGAGAAGACCUAGGGGGUGUAGGGGCACGGCGUGGUGCCCAAACCUGGGACCAGGUCCCGCCAAGGGACCUCCACUGUGUUACAGACACUAACUCCACUUUACUAUGGACAGACAUUCAGACAGACAGAUGGACGGGAUAGAUGGAUGGAUGGACACAAUCAGUUGGACCUAACUAACUUGGGAAGAGUGACUGACUAGGGCCGGACCAGAGCACAUACAGUAGGUUGGAGGAAAAGACUGGUUUAAAAUGACUCUGCACUGCUCUGCUACACUGGGAUAUUAUGGGGGUUUUAUGAUUGACAUGGGAUUGUCUCCACCCCGAACUGCUGUUGGCAGGGGAGAAACUCCUAGCCAAUGGGAGGAGAGAGGAGAAAGACUUGUAUAAGAGACGUCAUGUAAGGAGGAUGUGGAGAUCCCGCUCCCCGUCCUCUCCCAUUUUAGUGUGUAAGUGUGAGGUGAAAGCUCCUCUACACCCUGAUACCAACACCCUAUUCCCUUCUCCUCCUCCCUAAAUAGUGUGUUGACCAUUGGGUCAGCCCCUACUGCCCCCCUCCCCUGACUUCACUUCCCUCCAACAUUGAAGGAAGAUAAAGUUCCUUGUAUCCAUGGAAUCCUCAGUAUUCUGGACUGCAGUCUAGGGAAUGAGAAUCUGAGGGUUAGUAGAGGUGGACUGGACUUGUAGCAAGAGUGUAUUUGGGAUAUUGUGUAUUACUGUUAUUAUUAUUAAUCAUGUAUGGUUGUGAUGUAUUAUACAGUGCUCUUUUUGUUCUUAAAAAGGAUGUUUAUUAUGCUAUUAAGAGAAGCGCUCAGCUUCUACCCAAGUGCCAUAAUAAUGUGCACUCUAAAAAGCAACGCAACAAAAAAAGACCCAAAAAGAGAAUGACUAAAGAUGCUGUGAUCUAUGUAUGUCAUAUUCAAUCAUUGUGUGCCAUGUUUGAGUGAGAGAACUGCCAGUAGUGUGUGUGUGUGUGUGUGAUCUGUGUUUGUCUGUCCCUUGUGUGCUGUAGUUCUUCAUUCUGAUUCCUUUGGAAUAAUCCUGUCAUCCUCAUCACACUAUGCAAUAAAACUGCUCAGUUUCUAUGCAUCACCAUCUUAAGAGGUUUGACAGACUAUGCUGCUUAUAUGAUCCUUAUGGGAAAAAUCCCAACAAGAUAGGCGCUCUUAACUUUAACUUUUGCAUUAUCAUGCAUUGAUAUCAAUGGAAGUCUUGUUGCGCUUGCAAGUUAGGAUUCAGCCCCAACUGGUCAUUCUGGUUAGACAACCACAAGCCACUGAUAGUGAACGUAAUAUAUUUAAUAUUUCUUAAAUAUCAUGGUCAUUGGAAAAUGCUUUACAAAAUAAAGACAAGUUAAGGCAUGAAUUUACCUUGGCAUUGAGGAAUGAUCCAACAAAUAUACAGUUCAUGAAGCAAAGUCUAAAGAAUACUUAAAAUGUGAUACAUAUUGUAUGAAAUCCUUCAUUUGUCUAUAUUAUUCAAUACAUGUAGAAAUCAGAUUAUAAUAUUAUGUAUCAAGCAUCUUGAUACAUGUUGCAUUUAUAUAUUUGUUCAGUAUGAAACAAAGACAGUGAAUCAUGGUAGUACAUGAAGUCUACUGCAUUACUAGUUGUUGGCUGUGAAAGCCCAACAGGUAAAACACAAUGUACAAAGCCAAAAUCAAAACAGACAUGAACUUGAAACUAACAUAAGGACAGCUUUCCUUCCUUCAUCUCACCCAUCUCAGCCACAGAGGUAGUCAAGCCACCGCAGGGUAAAAAGUCACAUAGAAGGCAGAGCGAUUAAAAAGUGGAAGAGUUGUAUUAUGUACCUGUGGUUGCUCUGUUUCAAUGGUAUCUAUUUCAGUAAUAUACUAAUGAAUCAUUACUGAUGUGUCAGACUCAUUUUCCUCCAGACUUCCCUAUCUGACUGGAUGCUCUGCAGUCUGCAGGUGACAAGGGUGAGUUAAGGGCAGGCUAGUCUCCCCAUCUCUCUCCCAGACCAUGUCAGUAAAAGCAUCAAUGCUCAAAUCCAACACACUAUAUAUAUAUAUAUAUAUAUAUUCACACACAUACAUAAAUAUACACACAGUGCCUUCAGAAAGUAUUCACACCCCUUGACUUUUUCCACAUUUUGUUAAAGCACGUAUCAAACUCAUUCCACGGAGGGCUGAGUGUCUGCGGGGUUUUGCUCCUCCCUUGUACUUGACUGAUGAAAUAAGAUCACUGAUUAGUAAGAAACUCCCCUCACCUGGUUGUCUUAACUGAAAGGAGAAACAAAAAAACAGCAGACACUAGGCCCUCCAUGGAAUGAGUGACACCCCUGUGUUACAGCCUAAAUACAAUACCCCAUAAUGUCAAAGUUAUGUCACCUGUUCAAUCCAAGUGUUCAUCCCUUUUGUUAUGGCAACCCUAAAUAAGUUCAGGAGUAAAAAUGUACUUAAGUCA